CUCUCUCUGUUCCUAUGCACGGCCAGCGAUGCUGAGGCUGCGGUGAGAGAUGAGGAGUUGCUGCUCCGGCGCGUAGAGGCGAAAGUUAUGGCACGGCCAUCCUCCUCCUCCUCGCAGCAGAGCAGCGCGUCCCGCAGCAGUUUGUGCCACAGUCCCGCACCGGGAGCGCGCAUUGCCUCUCCAGACACGCGAGAAAUCCCCCUCACGCAGCCCGUCAAAUCAAUCUGAGUGGGGGGAAAAAUAGGUCUGAGGCGAGUCGGCGGCGACAGGAGAGGGACGUUUACAGAUUAUUCUUUCAGAAGUGAGUAAGGGGCGCAAUGUAAGAGGCCAAUAAAGAUAACCGACCCGCAGCUGCGCACGGUUUGAAGCUGAACUGGUUGCAUCCGCAGUUCCAAGUGCUCUUCACCAAUCCUUAGAAUGAGGCUAUAGGACUUCUGAGUCCUUUCUUCACCUGCAGUGCCUUCAGGGACGGCGCCGAGACAGCAUUACAGUGAAACAAAGGCCACCAUGAAUCUGUUCGGCAGAGACGCCAUGACCACAAAGAAGGAGAAGGAGAAAGAAAUUCAGUAUGAGGAGCCUCCAGAUGGAGGCUGGGGCUGGAUGGUGGUGCUCCAUUGUUUCCUGGUAAAUGUUCUUGUGAUGGGCACCCUCAAAAGCUUUGGGAUCUUCUUUGUGGCAUUCCAAGAUGAGUUUGGAGGUUCAGCAGAAAGCAUCAGCUGGAUCGGUUCCAUCAUGUCUAGUUUACGUCUGUCUGGAGCUCCCAUUGCCUCGGUGGCCUGCGCCAAGCUGGGACCGCGGGUGACCUCCAUCUCUGGGGCAGUGCUAGUUAGUGGAGGCUUCAUCAUAAGCAUCUUUGCCAACAGUGUAGUAUACCUCUACAUCAGCAUGGGAGUGAUAGUCGGAAUGGGUUUUGCAUUACUAUACCAGUCAUUUUCAGUAAUCACAGCGCUGUACUUCAGAAAACGGCUGGCGACCGCGUACGCGAUUGGUCGAUCUGGAAUGGGUUUGACCUUUGCCCUGGCCCCGUUCACCCAGCUGCUAUUGGACCAGUACGCUUGGCAAGGUGCAAUGCUGAUUCUCGGCGGCCUCAUGCUGAACCUGGUGGCUUCUGGGAUGCUUUUGAGACCCAUUAAUGUGAAGCCACCUGCAACAAACUCUACGUCUUUGCCUAUCCAAAAGAGCCCUUCUAUUUCCCUUAAGAGCUCUGCAGAGAAGGAAUACCCCAAAAACUGCUUGAGCAGCUCUUCUCCUCUGUCCAAUGGUGUCUCCAAAUCUGAUUUUCUCCAGUCCUCUCCUACGCCUCACAGAGACACUGAAAACUUAAAAGAACAAUCCAUUCAUGGACAAGAGAGCCAGUCAUUGGACCCUGAAUUGACUCGACUGGUCCUCAAUAACAUAAAUGGCCAUGAGCCCCAACAUGACUUAGGUCAGUGUAAGGCUGCAAGUCCAGACAGCCCAGCGGAGAUGAAUGGUGCCAUGAAUGGCUCCACCACUGUUGGAGUUCCCAUACACUCCGGUACGCCGACUGGAGUGGCUGACGUUAAACCCAAAUUAUUGGACUUCACCUUGCUGAAGGACCCAUUCUUUUGCAUCUACACUUGGUCCUUGGUGUUCAGUCAACUGGCCUACUUCAUCCCGUACUUCCACCUGUCUGCCAGGGCCAGGAACCUGGGGAUCGAUGCCAUGGACGCUUCUUUCAUCAUCUCAGUAGCAGGUAUCACAGAGACGAUCGCCCAGUUGGCCUCAGGUUGGGUGACAGACAGGAACCUGUUUCAUAAAUAUCACUUUCACAAAGCCUACCUGAUCCUCUGUGGCUUGGUCAACAUGCUCUCCCCUCUGGCCACCUCCUACAUACUGCUGAUGGUGUAUGCGGUCUUCUUCGCGAUCUUCUGCGGGGGCUACAUGGCUCUGUUGCUGCCUGUCCUGGUUGAUCUUGUUGGGUCGGAGAAACUCAAUAACUCCAUGGGUUUCUCCAUGUUCUUUGUUGGCCUGGGUUGCCUCACUGGGCCUCCACUGGCAGGCUUCCUGUAUGACUACACACAGACAUACGACUGCUCUUUCUACCUGGCGGGCCUCUGCUACCUGCUCUCAUCCCUCUCCUUGUUCAUGGAGCCGCUCGCUCAGCGCUGGAAAGCCAAGAAGAAACUUUCUCAAAGCCAGAGAGCAGAAAGCAACUGUAAGAUUAACGGCUGCUUCACCCCUGACCAGAAUGGUGCUGUGUAACAAUGAAACCUGGAAGUUGGACUAAGGUGGCUCGCAUAGCCUGAACCCUCUCAACCUAAAGCUGGGGCCUGGGCCAUGACUUUCUGCAAAAAGAGCGACACCAGCAUUACAGUAACACAAGAACAUACAACGCUCUGGAUAUGUGAUUAUGCAGAACAUAUGAGAAAGAAAAAAAAAAAGCCAAAAUUCUUGUGUUCUGCAAAACAGUUUUACUAUCGGAAGCACAAACAUCCCAGCUGAAGGUAAUCGAGCACACAAAGGAGCGAUGUACUCUACCACCCAAUGCAACAACUAAACUGAACAAUGCAGAGCGAGGAACCAAGCUCCCAAUCCUGUCUCUGUGACAUUAUCAAUCGAAGCACAUAUCCAUGUGCUGCAUCUGAUGUCUUGAAUAGCAUUUAUCUGUAUGUGUAAAACGUUUUCUCACUGAUAUGCACUUUGGGCCAAGUUGUGACUAUGCUGCAUGAUUUCAAACUGCCACGGAGCCAAAAUACUCAGCAAACCCCCCGUCGCUGUAGCCUGCUGCUGCGUCCCAGUGAGUUAUGUCACGUAUGAAGCCAAAAAAGCACAUUGGAAGAUACAAUCCGUGAGAUUACUGUAGGCAACAUUUAACUUUAAGCACAGUUCAUGAGCAUGUACGUGUAAGCUAACGGUCAUCCAGGCUAACAGAAGACAUCUUAUCGUUUUCACGUUUCCUGCUUCUUUUCAGACGGUUUGAACCCGUUCAUCCCAGCUUCUUCUCCUCCUCCAAUGGAUCAAUAUUUAGGAAAGCAGUAUAUGUGUUUCAUAACUUUCAAACAGCGGGGUAGCCGCACGGUCGACUCUUUUGCACAACUCUCACUUCAUGCUUUCGUGUAAAGUAACCCCCCACGAACCCUUCACAUGUCUAUCGCCCCGCAGCUGCUCAUAGACUCACUUUCAUCUCCUAAAUUUAAACUGGCAUAAAGCCUGUCUCAGCACAUUAAAGUCAGCAAAACCUCACACCUAAACUGGCUUUGAUCCCCCUAGUAGCUACUAAACUAGUUUAACAGACAGUUGUGUAAGAAAUACAGCUGUCACUGCUUAUGCAAUACUGAGAGCGCAUUCACACGGCAGCCAGAAUCCAAUUCCCUGUAAUCAUUCGCCGUUUCGACUGCCAGCUCCUGUAAAUGAUAAUUCUGACCUUUGAGUCUUUUUGCACGGAAGCUAUGCUAACUACUUUGGCACAGUCAUGUCAGAUGAUUUCAUCAUCUCUGCGUCUGUUCGUUGCUCACAGUAAUAUAUUUCAGUAAAAACAAAGCUUUCCUAUAAAUAAAAAAAAAAAAGUUGUACUCUACAGUGCCUUGCAAAGUUAUUAGUAGUGCUCGAACUUUUUUCUCUUUUUUGUCACAUAGUGACCGCAAACGCCAAUUUGUUUUAUAGGAAUUUGAUGUGACAAAACGGCACAAAGACCGUGAGUGUGAAGUGGACGAAUACAGAGAAACAAUGUUUUUUUUGUUGUUGUUUUGUUUUGACAAAUAGAAAUAUGAGAAAUGUGCCUUGAAUUUGAAUUCAGAGCCUCUGGAAGAGUUGAAAUUUGAUUUUGAAGCCUUGGGUUUGUCUCUGCCAACUUUGCAAAUAAACAGAGACAGACGUUUUUGCACGUUCUACUUUUCAAAAUAACUCGCGCUCAGACAGGUUGGAUGGAGACCGUCUCUGAGCAUCGGUUUUCAAGUCUUGCCACAAAUUCAAAAUUUUAACUUAGAUCUUAGCCAUCCUAAAACAAUUUCACUGUUUAUGCUGGUAGCUCCUGCUGGUAGGUGAAUUUCAGCUCCUGGAUUUUUACCUCCAUCCAUCUCCUCAUUAACUCUAACCAGCUUCUCUGUCCUGCAAGAAGAAAAGGUAUCCCCACAGUAUGAAGCUGCCAUCGCCGUGUUUAACUGCAGGCAGAAAUGUUUUCUGACUCAAACAUCAUUUUGCUUGUAGUCCAAAAAGUUACCAGCGCUCCAUUAAUAGCUAAAGUUGACAAGGAACAGUUUUGUUUAAUUUAAAAGCAAUAAAAAUGCUUAUUUUAGCAGGACUUCAGCAAUGACACCAACAGUACAAGAAAUUGUGUCAUUGUUCUUUUUUUUUUUUUUUCCAUUGAAGCUACAUUCUCUUUCAGCUUUUUUUUCAUGAAUAUGUUCAGUUCAGGGAAAAACUCUAAAAUCUGUAAAACUUUGAUAUUCCUUUUGUUUCAAAACCAUAAGAGAGAAAUAAAUUCAUGGUUCUUUUACCGAAACGCAAACCAGGCUUUUACUGUGAGCUUAAAAUUUGAGCGGGCCUGGAGGUUUUGCAGCUCUAGAUCACUUUGUUUUAUGAGAAGUGAGAGCAAAAAAGGGCUUUUUGGAUCAUAAAGGUUCCGGAUCCUGGUUGUGUAAUGUCAUUAGAUGUGCAGCUUUGCCACGCCCAUGGAUGUUCACUAAUGUUCUCAAACAAACCUCAGCGAACAGCCACAUUCAUCAAGACUUGCUUGGUGACUUUUGAAGGGAAUUGACAGCAUUGGCUGUUAUUUAGGGGCAUCAAAUUAAAGGGGAUGGAAACGUAUGCUUUAAAAGCUUAUAAUUUUACUUGCAAAAAAAGUUUGAAAACUAUGUAUUCGUUUUCUUCCACUUCACAAUUAUGCACCACUUGGUGUUCUUUGUCACAUAAACUCCCAUUGAAACUCACUGGCGGUGUGGUAGUAGCAUGACCAAAUGUAAACACUUUCAGCUGGUGAGAACAAUUUUUCAAAGCCCUGUUUAAAGUUCCAGUGCCUGCAAACACCCGCAAAAGAGAGAAUGUUUCAUUAAGAAAACUUUACUCACAGAGCCUCAGCUGUCGCCUUUCAAAUGCUUCAACUAUCGACUACCUUCUUCGUUUUGUUGGCUGCCAACUGAAAACUAAUUUUUGACUUUUUGCCAAUGCACACCUGGCUGAUCUAUGCAACUACACGCUCGUUUGCUUUCCUUUGAAUCAAGGCACACGCGUUUAUUUGCUGCAAAUCCACCGGCUCUUCAGAGAAGACAUCUGCUUAUGUUUUUCUGCAAAUUGUGGUCACAGUUGACUUUAGAGGUGGGAGAGCUAAAUUAGUUUUCUACUCAGCUGCCUGUGAUAAUUUGUUACUUUGUCAGCUUUGUCUAUGAAUCUGUGACCAACUGAUUAUGCAAUGUUGCCCAGUUAGUCUAAUAUGGAUAUAUAUAUAUAUUUUUUUUUUCAGACUAUUGCCCAAACGUUCUGGUGCAAACUCACAGUGUCGUUGCGUUUAAACUUGAGGCUGUCGGUUCUUGAUUAUUUUUUUUUUAAUAUAUAUAUAUAUAUUAGAGUUUUUCUGUGUUUUCAGUGGGUUCUUUUUUUUCACCAUUUGCCUUACAGGGUAAUGUGUCUUUUACUAACUUUCCUGUGAUGUCAGCCAAAGAUCACAUUAGAAAACCUACUUACGACUUGAAACUUAUAACUGGGUGGAAAAUAAAAUGCUGUGGACUGUGACUAUCAUUUAAACUGGCCUGCUCACUCUGAAUUGAAAAUCAGCUGGUGUGUUCUCUCAUGCUGCCCUCUUGUGGACUAAGAAGGCUCCUGCUCCAAGAAUGUUAUCUCAAUUAGCACCAAAUUAUUCCCCCUCAACUCACUUUCACAAUACUGAGCGAGGCUCUUUGUAUUGUUUCCAUGACGAGUCAUGCACUAAAGCUCUUUUGGCUCACGAGUUGCAUUCACUCACAGCCGCUGUGUCUUUGUAAUUUGGGGCCACUAAGGUUUUUGUACCAUUGAAGUUAAAGAAAAAAAAGCUUAUAAAAAAUAUUUGAUGCUUUAAAAGUAUGUGUAUGGUACUCGGUCUUAGACAUCUGGUCCUAAGGUGGCAUUUACAUAGACAACAUACGAGUGCGUGUUUUUUUUUUUUUUUUUUUUAACCUUUUUUGUUUCUUUGUCAGUGAAUGCAUCACUGGGAGGGGCUCUGUUAGUUUGCUGCUCUGGUUCCUGGAUUUGUCUGGCAAAUGAGCUUAACCAAUCAUAGGCAUUCUGUUCCCAGGUUUAGAUUUCAUUUUUAAAAACUUGUAUCGGUGCCCAACUCGGAUGUAAUAAAAAUGAUUUCUGACUCGA